AUGUUGCAGGAAGAAGAAAAAAUUAUUGCGGAAUGGAAACCGGUGCCUUUGGUACCUGAAACACCUCCAGAUCAUCCUGCUCUCCAGACACACUAUUUUGAUGGGAAGGUAUGCAAAUACACUGUAUAUGAUGGGGUAAAGUACUUCAAUUUGGCCACAACGAAUUUUUUGGGACUGAUUGAUGAAGCAUCUAUUGAGAAAGCAGCAAAGGACGCGAUUGCGAAGUACGGUGUUGGUUCUUGCGGGCCACGAAGUUUUUAUGGUACCGUAGAUAUACAUCUUAUGCUGGAAAAACAAAUCGCUGAUUUCUUGGGAUGUGAAGAAUCCGUCCUGUACAGUUAUGGCUUCUCUACGGUUGCCAGUGCAAUACCUUCAUACGCCAAAAAGGGUGAUGUCGUGUUUGCUGAUAAAGGUGAUUCAGUUUUACCUCAGAUUUAA